AAUAUGAGAAAAGGAUAUCUGGUAUGAUGAUGGUCUGGUGAAACUGCAGCAACAGGCAACGGUCGCUUCGCUUCCUUCCAUGGCGUCGACCUCCGACCCUUCAAGAUCACCCGGCAACAAUGACUUCUCAGCGUCUCGCUUCAGGAAAACAGUUUGCCUCUACGAUUGGUGGUUGACACAGGCUGCAGAUGAUUCUCAGGAAAAAACCCUGGCUGUUUCUGGCUUCGCUUCACCCAGGCAACAAUCUGUUCAACAAGUGGUUCGAGUGUUCAAGUCGGCUCCAAUCACCAAAAGAUAUGAUUUUUCAACUCUUGAAACAGCGGAUGGUGUUUGUGUUGUGGUUUCUGGAUUGAUAAAUAAGUCGCGUACUUCAGAAAGUGGUUUCUCAUCUGAGAUUUUCAAUCAUUUUGUGUUUGGAUUUCCUCCUAAUUGGGAAGAUUGUGCUUUAAAAUGCUUGGAGAAAGAAGAGAAGAUAGUUUCGAGGCCGGGAAACAAAUCUUCCGAUUUAUCAACAUCGAGAGGUGGGAAAAGAAAAAGUGAAAUACAUGAAGCUAACUCGAUUAGGAAUGCACCUUUCAAAAGAGUUACCAGAUCGGGAAGCAAAUCUUCUGCUUUAUCAGGUUCAAGAGACUAUUGCGGCCCGGAUGAAAGAAUUUCAGACAAAUGCAAAAGGGAUACUAAUGCAAAUAAGCAUGAUGCACAACUUCAGAAUGAUUUUUCUCCUGAAAAUGCUAAAAGUCACCUCAAUAGUCUGGACCCAGAUCUUCCUAAUGUGGAAGUUGAAGGAACACAAGAAAAUCAUCUUUCUGCAGCUCUGGAUGAGUCUAAACUGUACUCUCCUCAAAAGACAGGUGGGAAGAGAAUAGGUAAAGGAGAUGAAGAUAACUCUUUGACGAAUGCAACUAUUGUUACCAACAGAAGAGUUACCAGAUUGGGAAGCAAAUCUGUUGCUUUAUCAAGUUCAAGAGACAGCUCUGGCCUGGAUCGAAGAAGUUCAGGCAAAUACAAGAGGGAUGCUACUGAAAAUAAGCAUGAUGCACAACUUCCAAAUGAUUUUUCUCCUCAAAAUACCGAAAGUUGCCUUUCUGUGCUGGAAUCUAAUCUUCUUAAUGCUGAAGUAGAAGGAACACAAGAUAGUCGUUGUUCUGCAGCUGUUGAUGAGUCUAAAAUGUACUCUCCUCAAAAGACAGGUGGGAAGGGAAAAGGCAAUGUCAAUAAAAACACUUUUUGUGGGGAACCGAUCACGUUUAAAACUCCUACAGGCUCCCAAGGAAGUUCCCUCACAUCUCCGGAUUCUUUCAAACGUUCUAGAUCUGGAAGAAUACUUUUACCCAGGUUAGAGUUCUGGCGAAAUCAAGUGGCAGUUUAUGCACUGGACCGUGGAGUCGCUGGAGUGCAGGAAGGCCCGAGUUUAAUUUUAGAUCAAGGUUUGUCUCCUUAAAUUCUGCAAUGCAAAUAUUUGUUACUUUGGCUACUCCUCUUCCCAAAUGGUCGGAUGAAAUGGUUUUUCUAAGUCACUGUUUUAGUGAUGCUUAUUUUGCUUAUUGACCUAUCGGGUCCUGAUAUGACCUUCCUCUAAUCGUAUUUAUAAUAUCAUGCAUGGGAAGACUUCUCCGUUCCUGUGAGAAAUAGGAUGUUCUUUAAGUUUUUAUUCCCAGUCCAACGGCUCUUCCAGGUCCUCGGUAAAAUUAUCUUCUGUAUCAGAUCAAAUGGACAAUGUCAUUUGAAGGAUGGAUAGAAAUGCGUAGUGUGAAAUUGUAAUGUUGUCCUCUGUCCAAGUCUAGUCAAGUAGAAAGUCUAGUUUGUUUCUUUUUUUAGUUUUUCUCCCUGACGCUUACCCCACGUUGCUGAUAAAAUGGAUAUGAUGCCAGGUUCAAAUUCAUCUUGACUAAGAUGGGGGACAGAGAUUGAGCCUGCAUCAAUAUUAACAAGUCUUGCCGAAAGUCGACGUUGUUCUCUUACAAUGAUUUUGUAGAUUGGAAUGUAUCUAAGCAGGUGGAGUUCUUUUUUGUAUCUCAAUGCUCGUGAACAAGCUGUAUAUGAGACAUA